UGAGCCUUUAGCAAGCAACGGACAAGGCAGAAGAAAAUAGGAGUGAAAUACAACAGCCUAACCUGAGAUAACAGGGAUAUGUCCGCUAGAAUCAAGGAUAUAUGAAACAAUAAAGGUCGAAUACAGUGGAACGACCACGGGACAGUAACGGAGACGGUAAAACAGCCAUCUAAGUGCCUCGGAUACCCGGACCUAACGUUCCAAGUCAUCUUUUUUUUUUUUCUUUUUUUUUUUGCCGGAGCAGGAAGGAAGAGUCGAGUCGCCGACAGAAAAACACAUCCACAGUGAAACCAUGAAUCCCGAAUAUGACUAUCUGUUCAAGCUCUUGCUCAUUGGAGACUCUGGAGUAGGAAAGUCCUGUCUUCUGCUGCGCUUUGCUGACGACACCUACACAGAGAGCUACAUCAGCACCAUCGGAGUGGACUUUAAGAUCCGCACCAUUGAGCUGGAUGGCAAGACCAUCAAACUGCAGAUUUGGGACACCGCAGGCCAGGAGAGGUUUCGUACUAUCACCUCCAGUUACUACCGCGGAGCCCAUGGCAUCAUAGUUGUAUAUGACGUGACAGAUCAGGAGUCCUAUAACAACGUCAAGCAGUGGCUUCAGGAAAUCGACCGCUACGCCAGUGAAAAUGUCAACAAGCUUCUGGUGGGCAACAAGUGUGACCUGACCACUAAGAAAGUAGUGGACUACACAACAGCCAAGGAGUUUGCCGACUCUUUGGCCAUCCCCUUCCUGGAGACGAGCGCCAAGAACGCCACCAACGUAGAGCAGGCUUUCAUGACCAUGGCUGCAGAGAUCAAGAAGCGCAUGGGUCCCGGGGCCACAGCCGGCGGCGACAAGCCCAACUUAAAAAUCGAGAGCACCCCCGUCCGGCAGUCUGGAGGGGGCUGCUGUUAAAAGACCCCGCCCCCGCCCCAACCGACCCACCACCCUGACCAUCACCUCCACCACUUCCACCGAAAUCUCCCUUUCUUCUCCUGCCGUGUUCCCUUCCGUCAUCUCCGCCAAUUCCACACACCCCACCGUUCCUCCAUAACACCCUGUAACCCUCCCCGCUCCCCGACUCCCCUUCUAUCAGCCUGCCUGGACAUCUGGGGAUGGUUGGCCGAACAGAGGAGUAAACUGUGAGAGUGUUAAGAUCAGAAAACAGAUUGAAACUUGGGGCCUGGACACCCAUCAAACAGGUGGGAGAGCAAAGCAAGCAGUCUGUGAGGGAGGGACAGAAACAGACACCCAGACAGAUAGAAAACAGAUACGGGGAGGAAGAUUGGUAUUGAUUUAGAGUGGAAUGAAGGCAGUGGGAGAUUUAGGUUUAGAUACCGUGAGCUUAUAUCUACACACACACACACACACACACACACACACACACACACACACACACACUCAAACACAGUAGUAGGGUGGCAGAGGUUAAAGAGAUUUAAGCCAAACACUUUUCUCCUCAGUCUGUGUCUGUCUUUGCUGAUCUCCUUCUUAGGGCCACCCCUCCCCUCCAACUCACCCCAGCCCAGGCUUUUCAUCCCUGGAAUAAUUUACCUACACACACACACACACACACACACACACACACACACACACACACACACACACACACGCGCAGGUGCAUUGUGCCUGAGUCGCCCACUGUAGAUGCUCCGUACACAGCAGGAAGUGUUCCUGAACAGUGACUCAUCAUUGCCAUUUCUUGACGAGGAUCCAGGGAAAGCCCAUACGGCGUGCCACCUCUCCCUCCAUCUGGCCUCUCCCUCAGCUCACACUCUCACAAGGUGUGUUCAGACAGGAAGCAAAGGGAAUUUUUCUCGUUACGUCAAUUACGUGAGUUUAACCCACACAGUUUGAUCCGACUGGGCACAUACCGGUUCUCCUCAGCUUCUGUCAUGCUGCUCAAUUGCCCGUUUGUAUGCGCCGUCCAUUAAAGGAAAUACUAACCUCUGCCAGCAACGAGCAAAUGACGACAACAGUACUUGGCAAAUAGCCAAUCAAAUUGCAGCUUGGCCACAGGCAAUCCGCCACACUUGGCAUUCAAUUUGUGACAUCCCCUUUCAUUGCCAAAGGCUUUAGGCAUGUGUAUUGCUGUUUUCUCCACCCGUUGAGCCAAGCCCAUUUAAAACACCAUAUUAAAACUAUUAUAUCAGCCA